AACUGUCAGACAAUCAAAACAGAUGUACUGUGCGAAGACCGGUAGCAAGUUUCUGAAUAUUUUAACAACAUCCAGUGUUAUAACCACGAGUAUGUCUAAGAAGGCUUCAAAGAAGGGUAAAUCGCAAAAAGAACCGGACGUGACUCCUAAGGUAUUUGAACCGAUUUGUUUGGACAAAUCUAAGCAUAUUUUAAUCCAUAUCUUGGCUAAGCCUGGUGCUAAGCAAAACUCUAUUACUGAUAUUACGGAAGAAGGUGUAGGUGUUCAGAUAAAUGCACCUCCUGCAGAGGGAGAGGCUAACACUGAACUGGUCAAGUACAUAUCCAGUGUAUUGGGGGUACGAAAAGGAGACGUAUCUUUGGAGAAGGGUUUUAAAUCGCGGCAGAAGACAAUUAAAGUGCUAUCGGACACUACGAGCUUAGACCAAGUGAAGGAAAAAAUCAAUGCCGAGAUGAAACGAUAAUUCCGAUGAAAUGAGCAGAUAUUGUUUGAGCUGACGUAAAUUUAUUAUAUACAGAUUUCUGUCGCGUUCUUAUCGGAUGAAUACAUCAAAUGGUCG